AUGAAAUCAAAUUCAUUAGAAUUAGAACGUGUUAUUCCUGGUGAAAAUAUUCUUAGUUUAUCACAUUCAAAUGCAAUAUUAUUUAAUUUAUCCUCAUCUCCUUCAUCCUCCUCUUCCUCCUACUCCUUAUCAUCAUCAUCAUCAUCAUCAUCAUCAUUAUCAUUUCAAAAAAAUUUUAAUUUAUCAACAACACAAAUGGAUUCAGUAUCAUCCUAUGAUACAUAUCAACAUAUAACUGAAACAAUUGUUUAUAAAUAUAUAUGUUUAACCAUAUUUGUUAUUGGUGUAAUUGGAAAUUUACUCAGUGUUCUUGUCUUUAGUCGACCAUCAUUAAGACAUCGUUCCUGUGCUGUUUAUUUUCUUGCUCUAGCAAUUACUGAUAUAGCAUCUUUAUGUGCUUCAUUUAUUGAUACCGUCCUUCCAUCAUAUAAUAAUGUAACAUUAACGACAAAAUCGUUAUUUAUAUGUAAAUUAAAUCCAUUAAUGGUUUAUUUUACAACAGAUCUUUCAAAUUUUUUAUUAGCUGUUGCAUCAAUUGAUCGAGCUGUAUCAAUUCAAUGUCCUCAUACUUCAACAAAAUUUUGUCGUGCACGUAUUGCUAUAUAUAUAAUAAUAGCUAUGUCAAUAAUAUUUCUAUUAAUAAAUGGACAUAUAUUUUGGGGUUUUGAAAUUGAUGAACUAUCUCACUCAAUACAAGCAUGUAUGCCAUCAAAAAAAUCAAUGGCUUUUAAGGAUGCACAUAAUUCAUUAACUUAUGAUCGUUUUUAUGCAAUAUUUGAUUCAUUAGAUAUGUUAUUUGCUGUUGUUAUUCCAUUUAUUGUUAUGCUAGUAUGUAAUAUAAUAAUAUUAAUUCGUGUUAUAACAUCACGACGAUCCAUAACAACAAUAAUAACAACAACUAUUCAAUCAAAAAAAGUUCGUAAAAGACAUGAAAAAGAAAAGCAAUUAACUGUGAUGUUACUUGGUAGUGCAGCUGCUUUUUUAGUAUUUACAUUGCCAACAGAAAUAAAUGAUACGGUACGUGCAUUCCGUCCACCAAAUGCGUCACAAACAAAAGGUGCCAUGGCUUUAUUGACAGCUAUAUUUAUUGCUAUGGGACAAUUAAAUCAUGCAAUACAUUUUUAUAUUUAUACAUUAACAGGUGGAGUUUUUCGAAAAGAAUUAAUUCAAUUAUUUACUUUAACAAGAAAUAAAUCUGUAUCAAAUAGACGACAGAAUACUGAGCAAACUCUACUUCAAUCAAAACCAUUACAACAUAAUAAUACACAUAUAAAUAUAAAUAUGAAUAUGAAUGUUCAUGGAUUUUAA